UAUAUGCUCUUUUUUCUUUUCUUAUUGUAGCCCUUUCGAUAAAGAUGAACAAUCAUCUCUCAUCCAUCAGUUUGCAAAGUUUGUGCUACAAACUUUGCUUGUUAUCACAGAAAGGUCUCAUGCAGCCUCAUUUAGAUUAUGAGCAGAUUCCUUUGCCGGAGAAGAUCAAUUGUCACAAUUUUCAGUCAAGAGACACACUGCAAUCACUCGUAAAAUCUUGCUCCUGUCGUGAUCUGAGCCACGGUCGCAGCGACGGCGUUCAAGAAUGCAAGCUUCAUCAGCCUCAGCAGAGAAACCUCGGUGAAAACUCGCUCAUCAAUUACUAUCAUCAUAAAAAUAAUAUUGGUAUGGAAAAACAUUAUUACAGCAAGGCAGUGCAGUUAGAGAGGCAACAUUCAACUAGUUGUGGUGGGACUAAAUUGAUUGUCCCUGCUUCAGAAAAAGAGCAGAAAAAACGAAUUAGAUGGACUGAGGAUCUUCACAAGAAAUUUAUUGAAUGUGUGGAUCGUCUAGGUGGAGCCAAAAAGGCCACGCCAAAGGGAAUCCUCAAGCUAAUGCAAUGUGAUGGAUUGACAAUUUUCCAUAUCAAAAGCCAUUUGCAGAAAUACCGCGUUUCUGAAGUAAUGCCCGACGAUAAAGAAGGCAGUUCUGAGCAGAUUGCAUUUAAAUCGGGGAUGCAGAUUGUGGAAGCUCUAAGGCUACAGAUAGAUGUUCAGAAACAAUUGUAUGAUCAACUAGAGAGCCAGAAGAAGUUGCAGAUGAGGAUUGAAGAACAAGCGAAACAGCUUCAGACAAUGCUUGAAUCUCAGUGGAAUACAAAAAAUUAGUAGAUUUUUGUAACUUACGAUUCGUGAAUAACAUGUAGCUAGCUAGCUAGCUUGUUUACCCUACAAUCGUAUAAAUUCUUUCA